GGAGUCACUUUGUCUGUCACAGAUCUCUCGGUGCAGGUGGAAAGCAAAGAUUAUAGCAGGGCAAACCUGAAGUGUCAGAGCAGUUGUGAUUUACCUGAUAAUGAUUACGUCUGGUACAAGAACGGAGGAAACACUCUGUCAGGAACAUCUUCUCUUCAGGUCGACUUUAAUUAUCUAGACAGCUAUUCCUGUGCUUUGAAAGGAUAUGAGGACUCUCUCUCCCCUUCAGUGUGUGUCACUGGUCGAGACAGCAACACGGUGACUUCCAUUCAAGGAAGUAUCUGCGCCCCCAAAGGAUCAUCAGUGGACAUUUCCUGCACGUACAGCAGUAAUGAAUGUAUUACAUCAAAGUUCUGGUUCAGACCUGAGCGUAGUCAUCAGGGACAGAAUCCCUCUCAACCUGAGGACCUUAGUAAAGACCCCCAGUAUGCAAGUCGUGUUCAGAUCCUUGAAACAGAGAGAGGACGCUCCACUCUGAGGAUCUCUGACCUGAGAGACUCAGAUUCAGCUCAGUAUCGCUUCACAUUCAAAACAUCAAGCUUUGAAUGGAGGAGUGAUUUACCUGGAACAACUCUGACUGUCACAGCUCUGCAGGUGCAGGUGAUCACAGCUUGGGUCCAGCAGUCUGAUACCUUAGCAGAGCUGGAGUGUCACAGCAGCUGCAGUCCAGCCGGUGUUUCGUAUGUCUGGUUCAAGAACGACGAGAAAAUCCCCACAACAACGAUAUCUUCCUAUAAAGGCUUGCUUCACCACGCAGACAGGAUCUCUUGUGCUUUUGAAGGACAUGAAGACUUCCCCUCGCCUGCAGUGUUGGUUCAGGGUCAGAAUGACUGGGGAGUGACUUUCUCUUCUACUGAGAUCUGUGCAGUGAAAGGAUCAACAGUGGAGAUAAGAUGCAGCUACACAUACCCAUCUACAUGGAGAGGCGGAGUUAACACAGUUAUGAAAACAUUCUGGUUCACUAAACAGAAAGAUGGUGAACCUGUAGAUGUGACCACAGAGUCAGAGUAUGCAGGUCGUGUAGAGAAUCUCUGUGAAAACAACAUCUGCACUCUGAGAAUCAGAAACCUGAGAGAGAGCGACUCAGCUGACUACAAGUUCAGGAUCGAAACAAACCAAGCAGAUGGAAAAUAUAAUGGUUCACCUGGAGUCACUUUGUCUGUCAAAGAUCUCUCGGUGCAGGUGGAACGCAAAGAUUAUAGCAGGGCAAACCUGAAGUGUCAGAGCAGUUGUGAUUUACCUGAUAAUGAUUACGUCUGGUACAAGAACGGAGGAAACACUCUGUCAGGAACAUCUUCUCUUCAGGUCGACUUUAAUUAUCUAGACAGCUAUUCCUGUGCCUUGAAAGGAUAUGAGGACUCUCUCUCCCCUUCAGUGUGUGUCACUGGUCGAGACAGCAACAUGGUGACUUACACUAAACAAAGUAUCUGCGCCCCCAAAGGAUCAUCAGUGGACAUUUCCUGCAUGUACAGCAGUAAUGACUGUAUUAAAUCUAAAUUAUGGUUCAGUCCUGAGCGUAGUCAUCAGGGACAGAAUCCCUCUCAACCUGAGGACCUCAGUGAAGACUCCCAGUAUGCAGGUCGUGCUCAGAUCCUUGAAACAGAGAGAGGACGCUCCACUCUGAGGAUCUCUGACCUGAGAAACUCAGAUUCAGCUCAGUAUCUCUUCAAAUUCAAAACACCAAGCUUUGAAUGGAGGAGUGAUUUACCUGGAACAACUCUGACUGUCACAGAACGAGAAUUAGAGGUGCAAGUGAUCAAGUCUUCCUCUGGUACAAAGCUGGUUUGUCUCAGCAGCUGUCUUCUUACUGGUCAUCCUACAUUCGUUUGGUACAAGAAUGAAACGAAGAUUCAGGGAGAAACAUCUGCUUCUUACGGAGAAUACGUUGAUUCUGCAAACAAUUAUUCCUGUGGCUAUGACGGUUACCGCUCUCGCCCAGUGUAUGGUCCAAAGCUUCCCUUGGUGUUGAUGAGUCCUUCUGGUGAUAUUAUCGAGGGCAGAUCAGUGACUCUGACCUGUAGCAGUGAUGCUAACCCAGCAGCUAACUACACCUGGUACAAGAGGAACCAAAAACUUCUCAUUGAGACACCACAGCUUGUCUUUAACUCCAUCAAAUCCUCUGAAUCUGGAGAGUGUUACUGUACAGCUGAGAACAAGCUGGGGAGGACAUCUAAAAGCUUCUUUAUUGAUGUGAAAUAUCCUCCAAAGCCCCCCUCUGUGUCAGUGAGUCCCUCUGCUGAGAUAGAGGAGGGCAGUUCAGUGACUCUGACCUGUAGCAGUGAUGCUAACCCAGCAGCUAACUACACCUGGUACAAGAGGAACCAAACCCUGUUUCAGGGACCAGAAGGAAGAUACAAUGUCACCUCCAUCAGCUCUGAGGACAGAGGGAACUACUACUGCAAGUCUGAGAAUCAAUAUGGAGAGAACAAGUCAUCUCCUCUAUCAAUAGAUGUCCAGUAUGCUCCAAAGCUCCCCUCUGUGUCAGUGAGUCCCUCUGCUGAGAUAGAGGAGGGCAGUUCAGUGACUCUGACCUGUAGCAGUGAUGCUAACCCAGCAGCUAACUACACCUGGUACAAGAGGAACCAAACCCUGUUUCAGGGACCAGAAGGAAGAUACAAUGUCACCUCCAUCAGCUCUGAGGACAGAGGGAACUACUACUGCAAGUCUGAGAAUCAAUAUGGAGAGAACAAGUCAUCUCCUCUAUCAAUAGAUGUCCAGUAUGCUCCAAAGCCCCCCUCUGUGUCAGUGAGUCCCUCUGCUGAGAUAAAGGAGGGCAGUUCAGUGACUCUGACCUGUAGCAGUGAUGCUAACCCAGCAGCUAACUACACCUGGUACAAGGAGGAUGAAGACUCUCCAAAAGCUUCAGGACAGAUCUUCAACAUCACGGUCGUCAGAGCUGAACACAGUGGGAGUUAUUACUGUGAAGCCCAGAACAAAAUGGGACGUCAAAGCUCCCCCUUACUUAUACUUUUUUGGGCAGAAUUUGAAUAUUCAGGUGCAUGGAAAUCAGCAGCUACAGGAACAAUCACUGUUGUCCUCCUGGCUAUCAUCCUCAUCGCUAUCUUCAUAUGGUUUAAGAGAAAUAAGUCUGAUGGUGGAGAGAAGCCUGACAACAAUGCACAGCUAAACAUGGGCCCGGUGCAUGACGUCCCUUCAGAUACAGCACAACCAGCAGAAGAGCAGCAUGACCUUCACUACUCCAGCAUCCACUUGCCUCAGAACCAGGAAGACGCUCUGUACUCUAACAUCGGGAGAGUGCAACCCCACAGACAAACAGAGGAAGAUGAGGAUAUGGUUGAAUAUACUGCUGUCAAAACUCCAGGCCUGAGACGUCAAGAAGUUGGGGAGGAUUUAUUUGCACUCUACAGCACUGUCAAUAAAUGAAAAUGGAUCUGUCACCGGUUAUUUAUUGUACUAAGUUAAAACAAGAAUGUCAGGAAAUAUGUCUAAGUGUAGCAUUUAUGCACCCAUAACAAAUAUAAAUGUGGGAUUUGUAAACAUCAGUUUGCUUGGUUAUUGUUUAUGGAAGGAUUUCUUGAACCAAAUUACAGAAAAAUUAAAAGUCACAUGUCCCUGUGGAUAUUUUAUUUUUCCACCUCCAUACACAGCAGGGUUUUUUCUCCAUAUUUUUUUAUUUGGGUAAACUCUUCCUUUUUUGGAAAGCACUUUGAAUUGCCUGGUGUUGAAAGGUGCUAUAUAAAUAAACUUGCCUUGCCUUGUCACUUACUGUAAUACUAUAUCAGCAUUCUACAGUGCAAAAAAAAUAAAUAAAAUACAAAUACGUUCAUAAAUGUGUGUUAUAUUUCUCAGUAGUCAGUUUAUUUUACUGUAUUCAAAGUUGUAUAAUGCAUGCACAUGAAUAUCUUACCUAUUGCCAUGGUGUAAAGUAACUUAGUACAUUUGCAAGUACUGUACAGUACUUAAGUACAAUUUUGAAGGGCUUGUACUUUACUUGAGUAUA